UGUGUGUAUACGUGUGUCACCGUGUGUGGUGUGUGUGUGUACAUGUGCAGAUUGUGCACUCACUGUUUACAGAGGGAAAACUGCUGAGAAAAGGUGGUGCUCAACUCGAGAGGAAGCUCCGUUGUAUUCCUGCCCUGGGCUAGCGAUUACUGUUCAAGAGGGAGAGGUCCACUGAAGGGAAAGUGAAAUAAAUGGAUUGAUGCAGACAAAAAAUUCAACUUUAUUUUAUGAGGAAGUGUCUCUUCUUUGCUUAGACUGUCAGGAUUAGGAUCACUACAAACGGAUGCUUGAAGUACUGUCUGUAUUACAGAAGUUGAGCUGAAAUGCUCUGAAAAGGAGGGGGACAAAGAACAUCAGCGAUAGAUCAUUCUUCAGUUUAUUAUUUCUUGUUACGCUUCUUCGAACAAAAAGUAAAAGUGAACACGUAUUGAUAAUUGUUAUAAUACUCACCAACACUGGAACAAUGGUGAAUUUAUGUCACCAAGCUCUCGUACUCCUGGCACUUGUGUACGUCACCCUAGCUGGAGAGGACUUCUAUGCUUUGUUAGGAGUAGACAAGGGAGCCUCAGUCAAAGAGAUACGCAAGGCCUUCAAAAAGCUUGCUAUCUCCAAGCAUCCAGACAAAAAUGCCGAUAAGCCUGAAGCUCAUGAUGAAUUCAUAAAGAUCAAUCGGGCGUAUGAAGUCCUGAAGGAUGAGGAAUUGCGGAAAAGGUACGACCAGUUUGGCGAAGAGGGUCUCAAAGAUGAGCAACAGAGAGGUCGCCGCUAUGAGAGCUGGCAGUGGUAUCAGCAAAACUUUGGUGAGGAGCUUAAUUUUAUUUUGUUGGCGAAGAAUUUUUAUAUCUUGAAUAAGCAAUCGGUGGAGGGUACGGGAGAGCCGUGGUUCAUCAACUUCUACUCCACCUACUGCUCACACUGCCACGACCUGGCUCCAACUAAAAGAAAAUACCAUGGGGAGCGAUCGACAGACGCCAUGGUUGACGAAGCUCUGAGAAAUGUCAAGGCCACUCGGUAUGAACUCAAGUCUGGCAACUUCAAGGCUUAUGUGGAAGACGAAGAUAACCUGAUGCCAUGGCUCAUUACUUUCUGUGGCGAUGGAGGAGGUGAGUCCAAUAUUUUUCUUUUUUACAAAUGGGCAGAUUUGGUCAAAGUGGGACGUAUUCACUGUGACACGGAUGCUGAUCUGUGUAAGAAACUAGGUCGUCAACACGGGACCUUCUUCUACACUGCCGAAAAUGUCCGCAAAGAUCAAGGAUAUGAGGUGACCAGCCUGGAUGCUCAAGAAAUCGCCAAAGACGUGCUGCAGCAGCUUCCAGACAUGGAAAUCCUUGACGCGAAGCAGCUGGCGAAAAUCGUAGAUAGAUUUCGUGAGGAUACCUGGCUGGUGCAUUUUGUGGAUAACCCAAACAACCAUGACCUUGAACUGCGGAAAUUGCCGGCCUUGUUGCAGGAUUACCGGGUGGGCCGUGUGGACUGCUCCAAGAUGCACACAGCCUGCCUGAGGCUCCACGUGGUCAAGUACCCGACGUUCAUCCUCUUCAAGGAGCAGGGCGGUCGGGAGGUGUACUACGGAGGUCGGGUCACAGCACAUGACGUGUCAGCUUUUGUUCACGACAGCGCAGACGCACCCAUGGAGAACCUCAGUCCUGAAGACUUCCCCGACCGCGUCGUGCUGAGCCAGGAUCCUUGGUUCGUCGACUUCUUUGCCCCUUGGUGCCCUCCGUGCAUGCGACUGCUCCCUGAGUUCAAGAAGGCCUCCAAGUUUUCGGAAGAGGACGUCAACUUUGGCACUGUGGACUGCACGGUACACGCGGGCUUAUGCAACAAGUACAACAUCCACUCGUACCCGACCACCAUCUUCUACAACGCCAGCGUUCCGCACCAGUACCACGGCCACCACACGGCCAAACAUCUCCUGGAGUUCAUCGAGGACACGAUGCGACCCCCGGUGAUUUCCCUGAGCCGAGAGACGUUCAUGGACAAGGUGUACAACAAGCCGGAGGACGAGGUGUGGCUGGUGGACUUCUUCGCCCCGUGGUGCGGCCCCUGUCAGCAGCUGGCGCCCGAGUGGAGGAAACUGGCCAAGAUGCUGAAGGACACAAAGAAGGUGUAUGUGGCCCAGGUGGACUGCCAGGCCCAGCAGAGCUUGUGUCAGUCGCAGGGCGUCCGCUCGUAUCCACUGAUGAGGCUCUACCCCACGGGCUCAACCAAGGCUAGCCAGCACUAUAAGUACAACGGCUGGCACAGGGAUGCGGGCUCCCUCCGCAACUGGGCUUACGAAUUCCUGCCCAGCAAGGUGGUGACCUUGACCUCCAGCAACUUCCAGCAGCUGGUGCUAGAGUCGAGCUCCUCGUGGAUCGUGGACUACUAUGCCCCCUGGUGCGGUCACUGCCAGGUCUUUCGGCCAGAGUUUGAGCGAGUGGCAGAGGCCAUCGAAGAUUUUGCUAAGGCGGGCAAAGUGGACUGUGAUAGCGAGCCCAACAUCUGCAACAAGGCGGCCGUGAGGGCUUACCCGACCGUCAGGUUUUACAAAGGCUCCAAGCGCGGGGAGAGGCAGCACGCCAAUGGUUGGGACAUUCAGAGCCAGAGUGCGGAGGAAAUAAUUAAAUAUAUGAAGACUCACUCUUCCCGACCUCAAAAGACCAAAGAUGAACUUUGAUGAAUGUUGCCACUUAGUGCCAUGCCUCAACAGAAGAAGGAAGUGCAGCGGUCUUCCUUCCGCGCCUAUGUUCUUGUUACAACUUCCGUGCUCCAUGAUAUCUCCACAGUAUCUGACUCUCUGCUCCAGACCCAUCAACUUACUGCUGAUGUUUUCACUCACUCGUGUGGGUGUGUGCGUGCGUGCGUGCGUGCAUGCGCGACUGGGAAUAUGUGUGUGUGUGCGCGCUCACUCACACAUGUGUGUGUGUGUGUGUGCGCACGCGCGACCGGGCAUUUGUGUACAUGUUUGGGCGUAUGUGUGCGUGCACGACCGGGCAUAAAUGUGUAUGUGCAUGCAUAUGUUUGUGUGUAUGUGCAUCCGUUGUGUGCUCUGCUGUGUCCGUACGUGUGUAUGAGUUUGCGUGGGCACCUGUACGUGUUUGUGUGUAAGUGUUAUACGAAGGGGCACAUGUGUAUCAGUAUUAUGUGCAAUGUCCACAGCUGAGGGAAUGAAGUACCGUAUCUUUGGUCGCUUCGGUAGACACGCAAUAAAUGUUUUUUGUUUUG